GGGGUCUCACUGUUGGCCAGCCCUUGGGUGGGGCUUCACUACUGGUCAGCAAUGGGGUGAAGGCUUCACUGGUAGCUUUUGCUUGGGGUGGAGCCUUGCUGAGCUUUACACACUGCUCUCUUGCCUUGCUUUCUUGCCUCUGAUUUGCUAGUUUGCAGGAGGUCAGGGCCUUGCUGGUAGAUUGCCCCAGGCUUGGAGCCAUGGUGCGGGGCCCCUGCUGUGAGGCUGGCUUCUGCUGCUGCUGCUCCUGGAACUUGUAUCCUUCCUACCCUAACAGCUCUUUCCUGCCCUUCUGAAUAGCAGCUUCCCUGCUCCUAGAUCAAUUGUGAGACAUAAGGAAGCCACUGAAGUUGUCUGUAUAGUGCAGGUGGAUGGUUCAGUUUGUGCUUAAGGAAAGUAACUUGGCACUGGGGCCUAGGCUGAGCCUGGAGUGAGGGGAUCCUCGAGGCACAAAGAACAAUUUGGAGGCUGUUGUCAUAAUAAGUCCUGGAGGGGAUUUGGGAGCCAAAAAGAAAAAGAAGAAACAGAAGAGAAAAAAGGAGAAACCGAAUUCUGGAGGCACAAAAUCCGAUUCAGCAUCUGAUUCCCAGGAGAUUAAAAUUCAGCAGCCAUCCAAAAAUCCAGCUAUUCCCAUGCAAAAGCUGCAGGAUAUUCAAAGGGCUAUGGAACUUCUUUCUGCAUGUCAGGGACCGGCCAAGAACAUUGAUGAAGCUAACAAACGGAAAUAUCAGUUUUGGGAUACACAACCUGUACCCAAGCUCCAUGAAGUAAUUACAUCUCAUGGUGCAAUUGAACCAGAUAAGGACAACAUUCGUCAGGAACCAUAUUCUUUACCCCAGGGUUUCACAUGGGACACCUUAGACUUGAGUAAUACUGAAGUACUCAAGGAGCUGUAUACAUUGUUAAAUGAAAAUUAUGUAGAAGAUGAUGACAACAUGUUCAGGUUUGAUUAUUCCCCAGAGUUCCUCUUAUGGGCUCUUCGUCCUCCAGGUUGGCUGCCUCAGUGGCACUGUGGAGUUAGGGUUUCUUCAAACAAAAAACUAGUGGGUUUCAUAAGUGCCAUCCCAGCUAGCAUUCGGAUUUAUGACAGUGUGAAGAAGAUGGUAGAAAUAAAUUUUCUCUGUGUUCAUAAGAAGUUGAGAUCCAAACGGGUAGCACCAGUGCUAAUUAGAGAAAUAACUAGAAGAGUCAACUUGGAGGGGAUUUUUCAAGCUGUUUACACAGCAGGAGUAGUACUUCCUAAGCCAGUGGCUACUUGCAGAUACUGGCAUCGAUCACUAAAUCCCAGAAAAUUGGUAGAAGUGAAAUUUUCUCACUUGAGUAGGAAUAUGACUUUACAGAGAACAAUGAAGCUAUACAGACUUCCUGAUGUCACAAAGACUUCGGGUUUGAGACCGAUGGAGCCGAAAGAUAUCAAAGCUGUGAAAGAAUUAAUUAACAACUAUCUGAAGCAGUUUCAUCUUGCCCCGGUGAUGAAUGAAGAGGAAGUGGCCCAUUGGUUUCUGCCUCAGGAUCAUAUUAUCGACACAUUUGUAGUAGAGUGUUCAAAUGGUACUUUAACUGACUUCCUGAGCUUCUACACACUACCUUCCACUGUUAUGCAUCACCCAGUUCAUAAAAGUCUAAAAGCUGCUUAUUCCUUCUACAACAUUCACACUGAGACUCCACUACUGGAUUUAAUGAAUGAUGCACUCAUUAUAGCUAAAUUGAAAGGAUUUGAUGUGUUCAAUGCACUAGAUUUGAUGGAAAAUAAAACAUUCCUAGAAAAACUCAAGUUUGGUAUAGGAGAUGGUAAUUUGCAAUAUUAUUUGUAUAACUGGCGGUGUCCAGGAACAGAAUCUGAAAAGGUUGGUCUUGUUUUACAGUAGGACAUUUUCAUUUCUAGAACUCUGCAGUCAUCAUUUGAGUUGAAGUUCUAUUUAACAAAUCCCGGAACCACUGUUCCAAAGAAUAAAAGCACAACUUAAGUGAAAUCGAAGUGAUCUAUAAAACUGAAAAUAUGAAGAAAAUCCAUACCUGACCAGUUUUACUUAUUUUUGGCUAUUUUAAAACAAAAAUUCAUCCAACUUUUACAGUCCAUUGCUGGGAGGGAGUAGGGGAAGAAAGGUACAAAGAGCACAUUACUCUUAUUUUCAGAGCUUUGGUUGCCAACCUCUUGACAAAAAGAAGGUAUUUUUCCACUGUAGAAAAUGAACUGUUUUUAUACAUACUGAACUGCAGUGAUGGAUUAAUAUAAGAAAAUCUUUGCUAAUACAGAUAAACUGCUGCAUUUCUAUUUAUUAAGUGGUAAUGUUUGUCAGUGUUACAGAAUGAAGGAUUCAUUCUGAAUAUUUUUGCUUAUUCAUUUCACAUGGAUAUUAUUUGGGCAGAUUUAUGGAGGCCAAUACUUUUGUAGCUCAAGUGAGAAGUCUUGGUAAUUGUUUAAGUGUGGAGCAGUAUAAAAAUGUACUGGUUUGACUGGUGCAUUUAUUUAUCCCAAUAAGCAAUGCUGCCAAGUCAAUAAAAACACAAGAUUUGUACUUUACUCUUCAAAAUACCAGUGGAUUGAAUCAGUAGCACUGAAUGGUUUCAUGCAAUCAUUACACAUGUUGUCUGAAAGAUUAUAUACUCAUUAUUCUGUUACAGCUGCUGUUCAAUUUUAGAUUUUUCCUCAAGGCAAUGUGAGGGAAGGAUCCCAAAAUAAAAUACCCAGUGGAAUUUAUUAAUGCUAUCAGGAUGUUGAUAGUUUGAAUGUUUUCAUUGCUUAUGCAGAAUUGCACAAGUUCCUUUUUACCACUUUAUCAUGACAUCUGUCAUUCUAAUGAAAAUAUCUUAUUUGUAAAUAUUCAUAAUUUUGUUACCGAUGGUGUUUUUAUCCAGAGUUUGAAGCAAGGUUUCACUGUAUAAUAUAUAUGUGUAUAUAAUAUAUAUAUAUUGACAAUAUUCAGAACAGAAUGGGAGCUGCUAAAUGAGGCCUUGUAUUUGGUCUUGACUUAAAUGCCACAAAAAUAAUUUUUUCACCUUUUUUUUUACAAUUAAGUGUAGUUUCUAAACUUCAUUUCACAAUUAUUUAAAAUUAUGUGAUGGCAUUUCUCUUGAUAAAAGAAAUUAAAAUGACCUUCUCGCUUGGUGAAGUAUGAAAACAAGCUGAGGGGAAAAGCCUGGCCCAGAACAUGUGAUUUCUAAACCUACCACUAGAGGGGCUUAUUAGACUAUUGGGUCUGUACAGAGUUGUCAACCACCACAGUUAGCUACACUGCUGCUUGUCACCAGAACUGGACCAAAAUUAAAAUGUAAAUCAGAAACACUAACCAAUAAAAAUGCAAUACAUAAAUAGGUAAUGUUGAUAUGAGGUUUUCUAAGUCAAUAAGAAGCAACAAGGAUCCUUAUGUACAGUUUAGUAGCCAACAAGGUAUUCCAAAAUUUUUAAUGCCAUUUCAAACUCUUAAAAUUUAUUAUACAGGGUGUCCUAAAAAUCUUAGUGCAGUUUAAAACUUAAUUCUGUUCUAAGAGAUCUUGGGGAGAGUCUAUAUUAUUGGAAUUCCCUUUCUCUCAAACACUACUCCCAAGGGAUCUCUUUUAAUAUAGUUAACAGCAUAUCCUUUUUCA